AUGAAUUUACAUUCAGCAUGGCUUAACAAUUCACAUACAGGGAUGAGAUCUAGGAUUACCAACUAUCAGAUAGCUUUGGUAUUGAUUCAUCAAGAAAGAGUUCUUGGGGCAUUAGGAAUCUUUACUACCUUGGUAGGAGGAGUAGUCUUGAUAUUUUUAUGUUAUCAAUUCUACCUAAUCUUUUCAGGUAAAACUGCCAACGAAUCAUUUAAAUGGGAUGAUCUUGAGGAAAUUAUCAUGGACAGAGAACUAUGGGUGUGCGAUGAUUUAACGAAAUUUGAUAAACUUCAAAAGAAUAAAAAGAAAUCUAAUGGUAAGGAGGUCACGAGAGGAAAUACGACAGCUGUUUAUUGGAUACAACCAAAAGAUAUUAGGCAACGACAGAAUAUUAAAGAAGGUGAAGGAGGGGAUGGUGGUGAGACCAGUGUAAGCAGUAGUAAUGGGAAACGGGAGGAGCAUGCGAGGAGCGCGGCAAACUCGCAAAUCGGGAGACGAGUGAAAUCGAUAUCGGAGGUGAAAAACAUUUACAAUAAGGGACUAUUGGUCAAUAUUCGUGAAGCAUUCUUCCCACCUUCACUAUAG